AUCCAGCCGGAGCCCUGGGUGCCCAAGCUCAGGACCUAGCAGCACUCUUGGGUCAGAGCCGCCCAAGGGACAGCCCCAAGGGCCGCAGCCAUGAACGGGACGGAAGGCCCGAACUUCUACGUGCCCUUCUCCAACAAGACGGGCGUGGUGCGCAGCCCCUUCGAGUACCCGCAGUACUACCUGGCUGAGCCUUGGCAGUUCUCCAUGCUGGCUGCCUACAUGUUUCUGCUGAUCGUGCUGGGCUUCCCCAUCAACUUCCUCACGCUCUACGUCACGGUGCAGCACAAGAAGCUGCGCACACCCCUCAACUACAUCCUGCUGAACCUGGCCGUGGCCGACCUGUUCAUGGUCUUCGGUGGCUUCACCACUACUCUCUACACCUCUCUUCAUGGAUACUUUGUCUUCGGGCCCACAGGAUGCAAUCUGGAGGGCUUCUUUGCCACCGUGGGAGGUGAAAUCGCCCUGUGGUCCUUGGUGGUCCUGGCCAUCGAGCGGUAUGUGGUGGUGUGUAAGCCCAUGAGCAACUUCCGCUUUGGGGAGAACCACGCCAUCAUGGGUGUCGCCCUCACCUGGGUCAUGGCACUGGCCUGUGCCGCGCCCCCCCUCGUCGGCUGGUCCAGGUACAUCCCGGAGGGCAUGCAGUGCUCGUGCGGGAUUGACUACUACACACUCAAGCCGGAGGUCAACAAUGAGUCCUUUGUCGUCUACAUGUUCGUGGUGCACUUCUCCAUCCCCAUGGUCAUCAUCUUCUUCUGCUAUGGGCAGCUCGUCUUCACAGUCAAGGAGGCGGCAGCACAGCAGCAGGAGUCGGCCACCACCCAGAAGGCCGAGAAGGAGGUCACCCGCAUGGUCAUCAUCAUGGUGAUUGCGUUCCUGAUCUGCUGGCUGCCCUAUGCCGGCGUGGCAUUCUACAUCUUCACCCACCAGGGCUCCAACUUUGGCCCCGUCUUCAUGACCAUCCCAGCAUUCUUUGCUAAGACCUCCUCGGUCUACAACCCCGUCAUCUACAUCAUGAUGAACAAGCAGUUCCGGAACUGCAUGCUCACCACCCUCUGCUGUGGCAAGAACCCACUGGGUGACGAGGAUGCCUCCACCACUGCCUCCAAGACGGAGACCAGCCAGGUGGCGCCAGCCUAAGCCCCGCAGAGGACUCUGUGGCCCACCGCAGGAGUCUCCCACCCCUACCCCGCCACAGCCGCAGCCGCCCCACCAGGCGCCGGGCCUGUCAGAAGCAGGUCACUCAGAUCACCUGAGUUUUUUUUUUUAAAGAGUUACUGAGAGAAAAAAGGCUCCCCAUGCAGCGGGGUUGACCCAAUCUGGAGCCCUGAGUUCCUGGGGGCCAGUGGGAUCUGCACCCCUCCUCCCCCCAACUCAUCUCUCAGGAACACAAGAACUCUUGUUCUCUGAAAAGUGUUCCAGCUUAGGGAUAAGUGUCUAGCACAAAGUAGGGCACACAGUAGGUGCUUAAUAAAUGCUAGAUGGUUGAAGGAAAGAAUGAGUGGAGGAGUGAGUGGAGAGAUGAAUGGUCAGGGGGAGCAUAUCAUCCUCCCCAAACCACCUUAGCAGCAGCAGGUCAUCCUUGGACAUGACCCUGAGCAGUUGUUCCCCUUCUGGGCCUCACUUUCUUCCCUGUAAGGUGGAAACCCCAAAAUCCCCUGCCCUGCCAACACAUGGCUGCGGGCGGAUUGAAUGAGAUUGUGUGUGUGCGUGAGGGGGGUGUAUUUAAGCACUUUGUAAAUGGUAAGGAGCUGUACAGACUGUAGUUAACAUUAUGAAUAAUAUAAAUUAAUACAAUUAAUUAAUUACUAUGCUCAUCUCCUCUUGAUAGUCAUCAGUUUUGUAAUUGGGCCAGACCCCAAGCAUCCAGCCUCAACAGGUUUUUAAAAAUUAACUAGGUGUCAAGGUCAGACCAGGCCUGGGGGUUGGGCACUGGGAGAAAAUCAAGAGAGUGCCGAAUGCAGUUGUCAG